AUGUUAAAAUUAUUAGUUCUGGUUUUAUUCUUUCGUUCUUCAAACUGUCAAACAGAUCUGGAAUAUUUGCAGCAAAUAUCAGAAUAUGUAGGCUCUUAUCAAACAUACCAGCAACCAACAAAUAACUCUGCAUUAAUGAAUACUAGUGAUUCUACAAUAUAUGGCAUGAGAGACCAUAUAUGUAACUUUCCCAGAGGAAAAGGUCUUGGUGGAACCAGUUUGAUCAACGCUAUGCUUUAUGUCCGUGGUAAUCAUGAUGAUUACAACCAAUGGGUUAAGCUUGGAAAUCCAAAUUGGUCCUACGAGGAAUGCUUACCUUAUUUCAAAAAAUCCGAAAUGGCGGAUUUUUCUACUCCAGAUCUAACAUACCACGGAACUACCGGACCAGUUCAUGUGAAUCAUACUGGCCCUUCUUCUGUAAUCAAUAACACGUUUUUCCAAGCUGCUACUUUGGAUAUGGGCCUAAAUAUACUUGACUAUAAUGGUAAAGAGCAGAUUGGUGCAGGUAAAUUGCAGUCCACUAUAAAAUUUAACAGAAGAGCGUCAACUGGAUCAGCAUAUGUUACACCUAUUGAAGAAACUAGAGCUAACCUUACAGUAUCUCUUAAUUCAUUUGCUACAAAAGUUCUAAUCAAUGGAACAAAAGCUAUUGGCGUCGAAUUUAUUAAAAAUGGAAAAAUAUAUCUCGCUAAAGCGUCGACAGAAGUAUUAGUUACUGCAGGAGCCGUUAAUUCUGCUCAACUUUUAAUGUUAUCUGGCAUUGGUCCCGAGAAACAUUUAACAAAACUAGGUAUACCAGUAAUAAAAGAUUUACCUGUAGGAAAGCACUUAGUAGAUCACCCAGUAUUUGUAGGAUUAUUAUUUACCACAAAACUAUCUCAGCCAGAAGUUUCUUUACCGGAACAGGUUCAUGAGUAUCAGAGUGCAAAUACACCUCUAACUAGAUGCUUUGGAGCUGAGAAUAUAGUGUUUGCAAAUGUCAAUAACGAUAGUAGUACUGUUCCUGAUAUAGAAUUUAUAGCUUUUGCACCACCAAGAGGAGGUGAUGUACAAACAUUGUUUAAUUUCAAUAACAAUAAUACCGAUGCUUACAACAAACUAAAUAUGGCAGCAAGUAUUCAUGUGAUGAUAAAUUUAGCACACCCAAAAUCAUCAGGAUCUGUUCGCUUAAAAUCAAACAGUUCGCUAGAUUACCCUAUAAUUGAUUUAGGAUUUCUAACAGACGAAAACAAUACAGAUAUAGAUACUAUGUUAAAAGGCAUAAGGUAUGCUAUACAAUUUUUUACGGGAAAACAAUUUGGCAAUAUCGAUUCAUUUAUUUCCUUCCAAGUUCCAGAAUGUCUAUCGCAUGAAUUUAACUCGGAUGAUUAUUGGUAUUGCGCAAUUAGACAGUUGACAAUGAGCUAUUUUCACCCUACUGGAACUACAAGAAUGGGUCCCUCCUGCAAAAAUUCUGUUGUUAAUGCUACUUUGGUGGUUCAUGGAAUGGAUAAUUUGAGGGUUGUGGGAGAAGGUUCUAUACCACGUCAAGUAGCGGGACAUCUAUAUGGACCUGUGUUAAUGAUGGCAGAGAAAAUAUCAGAUGAAAUUAAAAAAGUUUAUGGAGUUCUGUAA